AUGGCAGAUGUGAAUAGCUUAUUUGAUUGUUUUGACGAAUCAACUGAAAACGAAGCUGCUGUUCAAUUUCCAAAUUUGAAAAUUAACGAGGACUCCGUUGAGGAAGCAAAAGAAUCUAAUAGCGCUACUAUCAAACGCACUCACGAAGAAGUUGAAUAUGCUGAUACUACAGAAGCUAAAAAGCCGAAACAGGAAGAAGAUGAGUCUGAUCUCAUUGCCGAUUUAAACUUAGAUAUAUUAAAUUCUCGCAUUGUAAUACAUACAUUGGAGACAACGGAAGGUUGUACACAUGAGGUAGCCAUACCUCCAAAUCACGAGUAUGCUCCUCUUAUGCCCAUUACAACAGAACCAGCCAAGCAGUACAGUUUUAUUCUGGAUCCUUUUCAAAAAGAAGCCAUAAUGUGUAUAGACAACUUGCAGUCUGUUUUAGUCUCAGCGCAUACUUCUGCUGGGAAAACUGUGGUAGCUGAGUAUGCAAUAGCUCUAUCCUUAAAGAAUAAGCAGAGAGUUAUAUAUACUACACCAAUCAAGGCAUUGUCAAAUCAGAAAUAUAGGGAAUUUUCAGAGGAGUUUCAUGAUGUUGGGCUCAUCACUGGUGAUGUUACUAUAAAUCCAUCAGCAUCAUGUUUAAUUAUGACAACUGAGAUUUUAAGAAACAUGCUCUACAGAGGAUCUGAAAUAAUGAGAGAAGUAGGCUGGGUUGUAUUUGACGAAAUUCAUUAUAUGAGAGACAAGGAGAGAGGAGUAGUGUGGGAAGAGACCCUCAUCCUUCUGCCGGAUAAUGUACACUACGUGUUUCUUUCGGCCACAAUUCCGAAUGCGCGUCAGUUCGCAGAAUGGGUGUGCCGUCUACACUCUCAACCCUGUCAUGUGGUUUACACAGAGUACCGACCUACGCCGUUACAGCAUUACAUAUUUCCAGCUGGUGGUGACGGCAUACAUCUUGUUGUUGAUGAGAAGGGUCAAUUCAAAGAAGACAACUUCAAUACGGCAAUGGCAGUUCUAAGUAACGCUGGUGAUGCUGGUAAAGGCGACCAACGCGGUCGUCGAGGUGGGCCAGCCCGUGGUAACAACCAGACGAACAUAUUCAAUAUAGUUAAAAUGAUCAUGGAACGGAACUUUGCGCCGGUCAUCAUAUUCAGUUUUAGUAAAAAGGACUGUGAAGCAUACGCAAUGCAAAUGGCCAAAUUGGACUUUAAUACAAUUGAGGAGAAAAAACUUGUAGACGAGGUUUUUAACAAUGCAAUGGACAUUUUAUCUGAAGAGGACCGAAAAUUGCCUCAAGUUGAGAAUGUUAUUCCGUUGUUGCGGAGAGGCAUUGGAAUACAUCAUGGUGGACUGCUUCCUAUACUGAAGGAAACUAUUGAGAUUUUGUUUGGUUUAGGACUUAUAAAGGCUCUCUUCGCCACCGAAACUUUCGCUAUGGGACUCAAUAUGCCUGCAAGAACUGUUGUAUUCACAAAUUGUCAGAAAUUCGACGGAAAGAAUUUUAGAUUUAUAACAUCUGGCGAGUACAUACAGAUGUCAGGUCGAGCUGGUCGACGAGGUUUGGACGACAAGGGUAUUGUGAUACUCAUGAUCGAUCAAAAGGUCACGCCCUCUGUUGUCAAAGGCAUGGUUCAAGGCAAAGCUGAUCCCAUAAAUUCUGCAUUCCACCUCACAUAUAAUAUGGUGCUUAACUUAUUGAGAGUGGAAGAAAUCAACCCGGAAUACAUGUUGGAAAGAAGUUUCUUCCAAUUCCAAAACCAAGCUGCCAUCCCUGAUCUCAUUGACAAGGUGAAGGUAAAGCAGAAAAAAUAUGACGCGUUGACGGUAGAUCAAGAACACUCAAUAGCUUCUUACUGCAGUAUCCGUUCGCAACUGGACUUGUUGGGUGCUCAAUUCCGUGCUUUUAUAACACGGCCCGAGUAUUUGAAGCCGUUUUUACAACCAGGAAGGUUGGUCAAGGUGAAAACAGAAAAACAUGAAUACGAUUGGGGUAUCAUAGUAAACUUCAAGCACAAGAUGGGCAAAGGCAAAAAGCCACAGGAGGAAAAUCCGCUAACGGCAGAGUCUGUCAUUAUUGUCGACAUUUUGUUACAUGUGAAAAAAUCUGAACCUGAUGACACGGAUACCAAGAUUCCAUGUCCUCCUGGAGAGAGUGGCGAAGUUGAAGUAGUCCCAGUUCUCCACACAUUAAUUUAUCAAAUAAGUUCUCUUCGCGUGUACUACCCGAAGGACUUGAGGCCGCCCGACAACCGUAAGUCUGUGCUGAAGACUAUCGGAGAAGUCAAGAAACGUUUUCCAGAAGGACCGCCUCUUCUAAACCCAAUUAAGGAUAUGAAGAUUGAAGAUCAGGUGUUUAAAGAGUGUGUGGAUAGGAUAAAGUUGUUAGAAGAACGACUAUACGCACAUCCAUUACAUAAAGACAAAAGCCGUGGUGCUUUGACGGCCGCCUACGAAAAGAAACAGGAAUACCUGGAAGAACUGACCCUAGCUAAGGCUGAGCUAAAGAAAGCCAAGAGCAUACUUCACAUGGACGAGCUUAAAAAGAGAAAACGUGUCCUUAGACGAAUGGGAUACUGUACUCUGGCAGAUGUUAUCGAGUUGAAAGGCCGGAUAGCCUGCGAGUUAAGUAGUGCGGACGAGUUGCUGCUCACGGAGUUGAUUUUCAACGGCGUAUUCAACGCGCUAAGCCCAGAGCAAAGCGCUUCGCUUGUCAGCUGCUUCGUUUGCGACGAGAAUGCCUCGCAAUCUUCCGCUACUGGCGAGGAGCUACGCGGUGUGCUUAGGCAAUUACAGGAAUACGCCCGGCGAAUAGCGAAAGUGUCAAUAGACGCGAAAAUGGAUUUGGACGAAGAUGAGUAUGUAUCGAAAUUCAAAUGCACGUUAAUGGACGUCGUGCUCGCGUGGUGCAAGGGCGCCAACUUCCUGCAAAUAUGCAAGAUGACUGACGUGUUCGAAGGGUCCAUUAUAAGGUGUAUACGACGACUGGAGGAGGUACUUAGACAGCUCUGUCAGGCGGCGAAGAACAUUGGCAACACUGAUUUGGAGAACAAGUUCAGUGAAGCGAUCAAAAUGCUUAAACGUGACAUUAUAUUCGCGGCCAGUCUGUACAUGUAA